CCACCAUCCAGCAGCUAGCAGAAGGCAGAAGCAGCUAGUGUAGAUAGCCGGCGGCUGGCUGAGACCACCACCUCUCCCUUUCCUUUCUUCUCUUUGCUUUGCUCCCUCUCAUCUCAUCUUCCCUUCCCUUCUCCAGCUAACACUACAGCUUUCUAGGGCUCACACCGCAGCACCGAUCCAGCGCCGUCCGGUCGUCGAUCCACAUCACCAUUAUUCCAUCCCCCUGAUAACGAUCGAGCCCCAGCCCUCCCUCGCUCUCCGGGCUGAGCUAGCCGGACGAAUUCGGGCGUGCGGCUUCGAGCUCUCGCUUAUAUCAGCGCCGCGCGCGCCGGCCGGCGGCCGGAGGAGCCACUAUCAUCCCCGGCGUUUGAUUCGGCCAGAGCAGCGGCCAUGGUCGAAUAUAUUUGAUCUCUCUCGAUCUGAUCUGAGCUGAGCCGGCUGGUGGCCCGGGAAGGACGAAGUGUGUCGCCACCUAUAAUUUGAUGAUGUUUGUGUCAUCAUGAUCGGUGGCUAGCAGAAUAAGAGAUGAUAAGCGGCAACCUCAACAAUGAAGAGCUGGGGGGCGGCGGGUGCACCAAGGCCGAGGGGCCGGGCGCGGCCGGCGGCGCCGGCGCCGUCGUCGCAAAGAGUCCCGUGCUGUCGAGCUCCCGGCACUGGCCGCCGUCGACGGAGUCGAGGAUCGUGCGCGUGUCGCGGGUCUUCGGCGGCAAGGACCGGCACAGCAAGGUGAGGACGGUCAAGGGGCUGCGCGACCGGCGCGUGCGGCUGUCCGUGCCGACGGCGAUCCAGCUCUACGACCUCCAGGACCGGCUGGGCCUCAGCCAGCCGAGCAAGGUGGUGGACUGGCUGCUCGACGCCGCGCAGGACGAGAUCGACAAGCUGCCUCCGCUCCAGUUCCCGCCGCAAGGGCAGGACCUCGUCGCCCAUCUCCCGCCGUCCAUGGUGGCGCCCUUCGCCAACGUUGCAGCCGACCGGGCCGCCGCCGCCGCUGCCGCCGCGAACGCGUCGGCCGCGAUGGCCGAAGGCGGCAAACGCCACUGCCACGGAGGCAUCAAAGGGCUCAUGGGCAUGGGCCUCAACAAUUCUAUCGGCCUCGCCAACGCCACCAUGCCGCUGGCUCACGGCUUGUACUACACGCCCGGUGAGUCUUGGACCAAUGGAGGCAAUGCCGCCGUCCAUGAUCAUCAGGUGAGCCACGGCGGCACCUCGCCUCAGACGGUGGCUCACCACUCGCCGUUCUCGUCUCUGCUGUCUCUUGCUGCUCCGGGGCCCCAGCUCGUCUUCUACUCGCCGGAAGGCGGCGGCUUCGCCAUGAAAGAAGCCACCGAUCAUCAGUUCGCUGUAGAUAGCCUCGAUCACUCGCAAGGCCAGCUCUCACUGAGCUCAGCUAGAAGCUUCCUUCACCCCGGCAACCAGGGAUGAUAUUAGGUCACUGAUCUCUACUGCUCCAAGAAGGUACGUAGAACAAUAAAGCUUGGUGUAGUAGUAAUCAAGUACUCGUUUGAAGGCUCCGUAAAGCUUGCAACUGCAGUUUUGAGAUGUUAUUGUUUGGUAUGAUCGAGUAGAGGGGCUCUAGCGUAGAGAGCUGCUAGCAUGCAUAGUAAUUAAGGUUAAUUUUGCAGGACAUGCAAUGCAAUUCGUUGCUUCUUUUUUAUACAAGGAAGUAACCGGUCAUGGGGUGUGUGGUGUGUGUGUGUGUUGGCAAUGUAAUAACAAUUUUAUAAUUCGUUCUUGAAUUUGUGCUU